UACAAUUGUGAAACCCUACGGUCAUUCAGUUCCAUAUCACCCAAACACUCUUCUCUCACAGAGACUCUCGCUCACGUCUCUCACAGAGAAUCUCGCUCAAGUCUCUCGCUCUCGUCGCUCUUCUCACCUGACAUUCUGUUGUCUCGCACGAAGCCUCUCACUCACUUCUCUCGCGCAGUCUCUCGCUCACUUCUCUCACACAAUCUCUUAUUGAUAGGUUAAGGGAUUUGUCGUUCCAGAUUUUGCUAGGUAAGGGAUUUGUCAUUUCUUUACUCAAUUUGUAUUUCUAAAGAAGUUCACACCUUUCCUAUGUCUCUUACUUGCGCCAUUGUUGACUGGGUUUUCUUUUAACUUUCUUGUUGCGCCAUUGUUGACUGGUUUUUGUUCAGUCUGUUUUAUCAGAUUUGAUUUGGUUCUUGGUAUUGGCUAAGUGAUCGUGUUGUUUCUCUCACGAACAUGUACAGAUGAGAUCCUCGAACAUGUCGUUGGGGUUUGUGUGGGUUCAUUUGUGUUGCCUGCAGGAGCGCGUUCUGAAUAUUUUUUUCCUGUUCAUGUGAUGGAUUACGAGUUUGGUUGUUAGUUUGACUUUCUCGUGUCUUUGAUCGCUUGGGAUAUCUGGAUUUAAGUGUAAUUGUGAGAACAUUGGAACCAAAAAAGUCAAGCUUAUGUGAUUUAGGUGAUCUUGUCCUCUUGUGCUGGAAGGUGAGGGUCUGGUUGUAAGGCCAUUCGAUUUACCUUUAUAUUUUUAGUCUUAUUGUCUGUGCAUAAAGGUAAAACCAAUUUGAUCAUAGGAGAGCCCGUAGUUGAGUGGUUUGGAACCUCACCACACUAAUGGUGUAAGGUUGAAAUUCCCAUCCACAAAAUUCUUGCCUAUAAUGCGAAAGAUUUAUUGACAAUCUGCUUUGUGACACUGUGCAAGCACUUCGUACAUUUAGUGUUGGUUGUUGCCUAAUCUUUAUGUUCUUCUACGAUUGUAUUCAAAAACAAUUCCUAAUUUUUCUACUGAGGAUGUAAGUCUGUAACGAAACAUGCAAAGAAGUGUCUUUUGUGAUAAAAAAUGCCCUUAAAUCUACUUCCUAAUUUUUGCUUACUUGGGUAAUGGGUUGUUAUCUGAAUCUUUAUUGCCUUAUGUAAUUGUAUUUGCUACUUGCUAAUGCUCACUUUUGGGCAAGGGGUUUAUAACUUGAUUAAACAGUCCAGUUUAAUUACACUCUGAGAAUAAUUCCUCCCUUUGUGAUAAUUCGAGAAUAAUUAUUGCCUUAUGUAUUGUUGUGAGAUUCAUAUCCACUUUAUUUCCCAUCUUAUGUGAUGCUCUUAAACUGCCCUUACAGUUUGUUGGAGUUCUGAUAAGAUACAAGUAUGAUCUAUCUUGUUUCCUGUGUUUGCUAUUACACUUUAUUUGGCAUUGAGGGAAUCUAAGUCAUGUCCUUUGCACCACUAUACUAAAACAUAUGUUCUGCUAUUGGCUUCCUAGUAAAAAAAAACAAACUAUCUGAGUUACUAACAAGGUGUAAGCAGCACUCUUGGCAUCUUUGAAGAAGCAGGUCAUUGGUACUCAUCGUGGGAAGUAGAAAGGAUAACCACAGAGCCAAUCUCUCCUUCAAGGCGAUGGCUACUGAUCAGUCAAUGGACCGUGGCCAUACUACAUCUGGUCGAGGUCGUGUCACUCGCCGCGGGGUUUCACCUCCUCCUAUCCACCAUAUCCCACAUGGGCCUAGCACGCAAGGCCCACCACUGGACAAACAAGGUGCCAGUGGCUCUUCGUCCCAGAAUAUUGGGGUUGUGCCUCCUCAGAAUAGCCUUAUCUUGAUACGACCUAUUUCAGCUGCUCUUUUUGAUCCUUUUGAUGUUACUCGGAAGAUAAGCGAGAUCAUGAAGAUCAAGUAUGAACGAGCCGUGACACAACGGAGUGAUUUUACUCCCGAGGAAAAAGAAUGUUACUUUAAGGAGUUCAAGAGUAAAUUUACAUGGGACCCUGCUCAUGAUGUUGCAAUAAAGAAACUGUGGAAUAAAAAGAGUGGAGGAUUAUUUUGGGGCAUGAUGCAUAGGGCACGAGAAAACCCCACCAAAGCUGUCUGGAUCCCUACUACAGUCCAAUCUAAACUUCGUCGUAUUUGGGAUAGACCAGAGUACAAGAAGCAAGGGAACAGGGGAAGAAAAAUUGAGCAUCUGAGGAUAGCUGUUCUCACACUGUGGCUCUAUUCCUCACACGGAGUACUAAGGUGGAACUUGGCCGGGAUCCCACCAAGGCAGAGGUGUUUGUUCGCACUCAUCGAAAAAAGAGUACGCAACAAUUAGUCGAUGGACGAGCAACAACUACAUUUGAAAAAUUUAACGAGCUGAAGGAGGACAUUCUGACAUAUCGAUUAGUCUCCUCCACCAGUGAGUCACCUCUUGAGCCGUUGGACGAGGAUCCUUUAUUCCUUAAGGCGGCUGGUAGGAAGAACAAGAAAAAUCGCAUCUACGAGCUUGGAUCUGAGGCAAGCUUCUUGCCUAGUUCUUCAUCUUGCUCCAGUGGACAUUCCUUAUUGUAUACUCAGAGAGAGUUGGAGCAAGAGUUAGAGGAGCGCAUCGCUCAGAUGAACUCUGAGUUAUUGGAUGAGGUCGGUGACUUGCAGCAGCGAAUGGUGCAACAAUUAUUUUCUCAUAUGCAGAUGCAAUCCCCCAGAAACAACCCUGAAGAUGAUCGUGCUUCACAUGGACACCUUUCUGAUGAAGAUUAGAUUGUAUUUCAUAAAAAUACUGAACCGCUUAUGUAUAAUAUUAAUUUUUAUUACAUGCUAUUUCUUGCAUA